UCGACUAUCACCCUCGCCACAGCUACGGCCACUACGAAUACAGAUCUGGGGUAUCUCCGCUGUGCUGUACGCCUCCCUGCCUUUUCUUUCCCCGGGAGCGACAUCUUGCCCUGGCAUAUCGAUCACUCUACUCCCUAUCAAUCGAAUACUAAUGAAGCUGGAAAUCGAGGAUAGUCUUCCAUAGCCCAGACCUACCACAGCCCCCAAUGCUCCUCCCCCUCCGCCCUAGAUUGCUUCUGCAACGCCCCGUUCGACCCCUCGGGACUGGACCCGGCGACGCUGGACGAGUGCGCCAGUGAGGGUGUUCCAACCGAGAACAUCCCCGCGUACAUCUGCGAUGACGCCAACGUCCCCGUCUCACCAAGGAAGGGCAGUGUGCCUAUGAUGCGGAUUGCGGAUGUGGAGGUGGAUGGGGAUGCCAGUAGUGCUUCUGGUGGCAGUGGUGCAGCUCCGCAGAGAGGGAGUUUGCCCAUGGUCAGGGUGGGGAGCGGUGAUGUGGAUACUGGGGGUGCAGGUGCGAGCGCGAGCGCGGGUGUGAGCGUUUCCAGUGCUAGUGCCCGCCCUAGUGCCAGCCCUGGUAUCGGUGGCGCAUCACAUCGGGGCAGUCAGCCUAUGGUGCGCGUGGGGGAUCUUGGGGCUAGUAGUUCUGCUGCAGCAGCUACAGCUACAGCUUCAAGCAGUCUGGCUACGCCUAGUGCCGGGGCCCAGGCGGCCCCGCGACGAGCCAGUCGGCCGAUGGUGCGGCUGGGUGAAGAUACCAAAAACCGGCCUCUUGCACAGGCACAACCCCACCCACAACCCCAGGCGCAAGCGCAGGCAGCAGAAGGAGGAAGAGGAAAAGUCCAAGCAAGAGCCUACAGCCCCAACCUGCACCCGGACAACGGUCCACUUCUCCUGCCGGAGGAUGUCCUCCCGCUGCCUUCCUCCUAUGAUGACGGCUCCGUUCUCGGCUCUGCUGCAGCUGCACCAGCUGCAGGAGCAGGGCAAGCAGGGCAAGCAGGGCAGGAGGAGAAGAACAUCCCCCUCCCGCUGGAAUCGGCCAUCCUCCCGAAUGCUUAUCCGGAUGUGGCGGUUGCUCCCAGCCCUAAUCCCCAGAUGCAUACCCAGAUGGAAACUCAAUCCCAGGAUCAGACACAACCCCAACCCCAACCCCAAACCGCUGAGUAUCAAGCUCCACAGCAGCAGCAGCAGCAGCAGCAAGAAGAAUUCCUCACCUCGGAGCUAACGUCCUCCACUUAUUCCACCGCCACCGGUGCUGCAGGCGCAAGUGCAGGCACCCCCGCCAGCGCAACAGCGGUUCAUGCAGCAGCAGCAGCAGCAGCAGCAGCAGCCGCCGCAGCAGCAACCUUCCAAACAAGCGCCGCAGCAUCACCACAGACCUUCACCUAUUCAACCUCAGAAACAACACCUCCAAGCCAGCCCAGCGCAAGCAGCAUCCCCAUCCCAACAAUCACCUCCUCGUCCGUGAAGCUCGUGACCGUCAACCCGACUGCUACCGCUACCGCUAUUGCUACCGAUGGACGGGGUACUGCUGCUGGUUCUUCGGACAAGCAGGCACCUGCGGGAGGAGAUCCGAAUGCGGGGUUGUUCCAGGGGGGUGCGGGGAGAUUACGCGGGGGUUGUUGGGAGGCUGUGGUUGGGGUUGGGUUUUCUGUGAUAUACCUGCAAGGAUGGAGAUGAAGAUGGAUGGGUAUGGGUACGGGUAUGAGUAAUGGUUCUUUCUUUCGGGUGGAUGCUCGGAUGCUGGCGUUUGUUUUGGAUCUUACGGGAAGAGAAGAUUGGGUGAAAAGGGGGUUGGUUCUUGGAUUGGAGAUUGGAUGGGGAAGACUGCAGAAAAAAA